GGUCGUUAGCACAGUGAAACAAACAUGGCGACAGAAUGGAGCGGGCAGCAAGGCUACGUUCUAACUCUAAUCGUUUUUCUUUGGAGUGCAGUCGGGGGACGCACCGAGACAGCCACUUCCAGUGUCCGCAGCAGCGGGAGCCAGGUGCUCGGUAUGCGACUGGAGAGGAGCGACAAACCGGCCACGACCACUGACGAAGGGGUCAUCCAGGUAACGGAGGAGAGCACAGUGCAGCUCCGGUUCUACGGUGUGCAGCUCAACUCGGGCACCUGGGCGCAGAUCCGCUUUACAGAACGAGGGGAUGGGAACGAGGAGGGGGGAAACAUUAACAUUAUUGACGACACACCUAACAGGACUUGUGUUGAUUUCACCAAAGACUUCAGCAUCGCGAACUACAUGAAUAUCAGUAGCCGGGGGACCACGGGGGUACUCAGCAUAAACAUUAAGCCACUUCGUAAGAGUGAGCCGCACAAGGAGUAUGGGCUGUGCAUCAGGAGUUUGGCCGAUGGCAGGUGGGCUCUGCUCGGGGAUAGCGACGGGAGACUGCGGGUGGUGGAGGGGGAAAAAACUCUCCUCCCCUUGUGGUUCCAGAUCAUCCUCAUCUGCUGUCUGUUGGUGCUGUCUGGCAUGUUCAGCGGGCUGAACCUGGGGCUCAUGGCUCUGGACCCAAUGGAGCUCCGUAUAGUCCAGAGUUGUGGCUCAGAGAAGGAGAAGAAAUACGCCCGCAAAAUUGAGCCCAUCCGCAGCAAGGGGAACUACCUUCUCUGCUCGCUGUUGCUUGGCAAUGUCUUGGUCAAUACCACACUCACCAUCCUCCUGGACGACCUGAUAGGCUCUGGGCUGGGCGCCGUGGUCGCCUCCACAGUGGGUAUCGUGAUUUUCGGUGAGAUCGUUCCCCAGGCGCUGUGCUCUCGCCACGGGCUGGCGGUGGGCGCCAACACCAUCCAGGUGACCAAGUUCUUCAUGUUGCUCACCUUCCCCCUCUCCUUCCCUGUCAGCAAGCUCCUAGACGUGCUCCUAGGCCAGGAGAUCGGCACUGUGUACAACCGCGAGAAGCUGGUGGAGAUGCUCAGGGUGACGGAACCGUACAACGACCUGGUCAAAGAGGAGCUCAACAUGAUCCAAGGAGCUCUGGAACUCCGGAAUAAGACAGUGGAGAGUGUGAUGACUCCUCUGGCGCACUGCUUCAUGAUUCAGAACGAUGCGGUCCUCGACUUCAACACCAUGUCAGAGAUCAUGGAGAGUGGCUACACGCGUAUCCCCGUGUUCGACGAUGAGCGCUCCAACAUAGUGGACAUCCUGUAUGUGAAGGACCUGGCGUUUGUGGACCCUGACGACUGCACCACCCUGAAGACCAUCACCAAGUUCUACAACCACCCGGUCCACUUUGUGUUCCACGACACACGGCUGGACUCCAUGCUAGAGGAGUUCAAAAAAGGUAAAUCUCACCUGGCCAUCGUUCAGAAGGUGAACAGCGAGGGGGAGGGGGAUCCCUUCUACGAGGUGCUGGGAUUGGUCACCUUGGAGGACGUCAUCGAAGAAAUCAUCAAAUCAGAGAUCCUAGACGAGUCCGACCUUUAUACUGACAAUAGGAACAGAAAGAAGGUGGACCCUAACAAGAGAAUGCGUGACUUCUCUGCCUUUAAACACACAGAGAACGAGUGCAGGGUGAAGAUCUCUCCACAGCUGAUGCUGGCUGCUCAUCGCUUCCUGGCUACAGAGGUGAGUCUGUUCAGUCCCAGUCAAGUCACUGAGAAGGUAUUACUGAGGAUUCUGAGGCACCCUGACGUCAUCCAGGAGAUCAAGUUCAACGACAGCGACAAGCGCUCUGCUCUGCACUACAUCUACCAGAGAGGCAAACCUGUCGACUACUUCAUACUCAUACUGCAGGGGCGAGUGGAGGUGGAGGCUGGAAACGAGAACAUGAAGUUUGAGACAGGACCCUUCUCCUACUACGGAGUUAUGGCGCUUAGCACACCAUCACUGGCCGUCACUCCCCCUCUCUCCCCCUCAGUGGCGUCCCCCCCUCCACGACGCCUCUCUCUUAAGAGAUUCUCUCUGUUCUCUCGCUUUCCAGAGUUCCGUUCUCCUACUCACAGCAGCGGUCUGAACCGCUCGGCAUCGCUGAGCUGCACUGAGCGUGGCGCUCCCGGAGAAUGCAGCUCGGUAACCGCUAGCAACACGCAGCUCAUCACCUGCCAGUACACACCAGACUUCUACGUACGGGCUCUUACUGACCUGCAGUAUGUCAAGAUCACUCGUUCCCAGUACCAGAACGGUCUGCUGGCGUCCAGGCUGGACAGCACCCCACAGUCACCCGAUGGGAGCCAUCCCCACCUUGACAGCACGUCCGCAUCCCUGCCCCCAAUCACCCCCCCAGCCCCUCCCCGCACCCCUCUCCCCUUGGCCACCCCACCCUUCAAACGCCCCCUUGCCCUCCCCCAUCCCACCCCUCCCCCCACCGACCGUACCCCCUUACCCCAAACCACCACCCCCACCCAUGCCAAUCCCCGCCCGGCCCUGCCCCUGCCACAAUCCACCCCUCCUCCCACAAAAGCCUCCUCUGCUCCUUUCUUUACCCUCUCCCCCAGCUUCUACGCUCCCCUCUUCCCUCCCUCCCGCCGGUCAAUCUUCCACGAGAAGCCGUCUGUGUUCACUGUUUAUCCCACCUAG